CCAUCUCAUCCUGCUGUGCUCUUUCUCAUCUUUAGCCUUUCUCUCUCUCUUCAAAUCUAAUGGCGACUUCCAUCAUCUCUUCCUCUUCGCAGUUCCCGGCCAGCUUGCCGCGCCGGCAUGCGAUUCCCCUUCCGGCGAAGGGAAAGACCGUUCGAUUUGCCCAUAGGAAAGACUCCUACGGUCCGGAUUUCGAAGGCCACCUCGUCGAUGAGAACAUGAUCGUGCUACGGAAGAGGAUCCACGAGAUGAGGAUGGUGGAGACGAACUACGAGCCGCCGUCCAAUUGGAUGGAUUGGGAGAAGCGGUACUACGCGAGCUACGACUCCGAUGUGUGCGAGGUGCUGGGCCUCCUCCAGACCCUUCUGAUGAACACCAGGCCUAGCUUGGCCAUUGGGAUGGCGGCACUCCUUGCGUUGAGUGUACCCACAUCGGCCAUCUUGAUCUUCUACCAUUUGAUGGAGGCGUCCAGGGCCAUUCUUUCCGGAUUGCAUCUUAGCUGAUCAACAUCUUGACGGUGGAGAUUUGUGGAUCAAGAAUAAGAAAUUUGUUCGUAGGGUAGCUUAUUUUCUUUGGUUGUUUAUAUCUCUGGGCCAGGCAAGUCCGACGAUGUCGUUUCUUAAUUUGGGAUAUUUUAUGGUAAAGUUGCAAAUCUGGGAUAUGGUAGGCAUUUUUUUGUGAACAAGGAGUGCAUUAUUUAUUUAAUCAUCUAAUGAUUAUGAAUUUAUAAAA